GGUGCGCGCAGGGGGGUUUGCAUUUUGUAAACUGUUGGCAACUCUAAAUUAAGAAAAAAAAAAGCUUCAAACAAUUAAAAUGCUAUUGUGAAUUAAAAACAUAAAAACUUAAUAGAAAUAUAGUUUUUAAUAAUUAAUAAUUCAUAUGUUGUGUAACUAAGUGAUUUAUUGUUUUUUAUAUUAUUAUUAAUAAUAUAAAUAAAACAUGGAAGGAAUACCGGUCAUAGAGGGCCAAUCAUUAAUAAUGGACCAACAAUUGCGUCAAAUGGAGCAGGAAGAAAUACAAAAACAAUUGGCAAGUGUUCCAGGACCAUUACAAAUACCACCAGGUCCACAACAAAUGUUAACUGGUCCUCCACAAAUGGCACCAGUUCCACCACCACCGCCACCACAAUUAUUAUCAGUACCAACACAAAUGCAACAACAAAUGCCACCUGGACCACCACAAAUGCCACUUGGUCCACCACAAAUGCCACCUGGACCUCCACAAAUGCCACUUGGACCACCACAAAUGCCACCUGGACCUCCACAAAUGCCACUUGGACCUCCACAAAUGCCAACUGGACCUCCACAAAUGCAACCUGGACCUCCUCCCCCACCACCACCACCACUACAAUUACCUGCUCAAAUGCAAAAUCAGCCUCUCCCAAGUCUACUGAGUUUAAAAGUAACUCCACCAGAUAUGCAGAAUCAUCAUCAUCAUCAUCAUCACCACCAUCAUCAGCAUAAUCAUCAUCAACAACAACAACAACAGCAACAAUUUCACCAAGAUCAACAAUUUCAAGAUAAUCAAGAACAACAAAAUAAAAAUAAUGAACGUGAAGUUAAUGAUGAAGUUGUUAAAUUACCAGCUGCAUUAGAACAAGCACUUGCUUUUAAAAAUGAACGUGCCAAGGAAGUUGGUGCUGAUCCAAAUGAAUUAUUAAUACCUGGAACUUCACCAACACAUGAAACAACAAAUGAUGAUACUGUUGUCAUUGAUUUUGUACCAGAACCAGAAGUUAUAAGUGAAAAAUCAACAACAAAAUCAAAUAAAUUAGGAAAGAAAAAAAAGAAGAAAAGAAAAAAGAAGCAUAAUGGUAUAACUAAAGAAAUUAAAGAUGAUACAGUAGAAAAAUUAACAGAAAAAGAAGAUUUACCAGAAGUUGAAUAUAUUCAAGAUAUACCUGAAAUGUCAGAGCUUCAACCAAUGCAUCGUGUUUUUGCAAGAGUAUUUGAAACAUUUAGAAUGAUUGAUUCUGAAACUGGUACAGAUAAAGACAAAGGUGAAUCAAUUAAUCAAUAUCCAGUAACAGCAGCAAUUCAAACACCAAGUAAAAUACAUUUACUUGAUGAAUUUGAUGAUAAUAGUGGUCAACAAAAUCCACCAAUUGGUGAAAAUGGAGUAGCAAGAUUAUCAAAAAGAAAAUUAAAAAGAUUAAAUAGAUUGAGUGUUGCUGAAUUAAAACAACUUGUUGGUAGACCAGAUGUUGUUGAAAUGCAUGAUGUUACAGCUCGUGAUCCAAAACUUUUAGUACAAUUAAAAGCACAUCGUAAUACAGUACCAGUACCACGUCAUUGGUGUUUUAAAAGAAAAUAUCUUCAGGGUAAACGUGGUAUUGAAAAACCACCAUUUGAUUUACCAGAUUUUAUUAAAAAAACAGGUAUUACUGAAAUGAGAGCAAGUUUACAAGAACGUGAUGAAGCUAAAACAUUAAAAGCUAAAAUGCGUGAACGUGCUAGACCAAAACUUGGUAAAAUUGAUAUUGAUUAUCAAAAAUUACAUGAUGCAUUUUUUAAAUGGCAAACAAAACCAAGAAUGACUAUUCAUGGUGAUCUUUAUUAUGAAGGUAAAGAAUUUGAAACAAGACUUAAAGAAAAAAAACCUGGUGAAUUAUCAGAUGAAUUAAGAACAGCAUUGGGUAUGCCUGUUGGUCCAAAUUGUAAUAAAGUACCACCACCAUGGUUAAUUGCAAUGCAACGUUAUGGACCACCACCAAGUUAUCCAAAUUUAAAAAUACCUGGUUUAAAUGCACCAAUACCAGAAGGUUGUGCAUUUGGUUAUCAUGCUGGUGGUUGGGGUAAACCACCAGUUGAUGAAACUGGUCGUCCACUUUAUGGUGAUGUAUUUGGUGUUGCUAGACCACUUGGUGGUGAUAUGCUUGAUGAAGAAGUUGAUCGUGGUAUGUGGGGUGAACCAGAAAGUGAAUCAUCUGGUGAAGAAGAUGAAGAUGAAGAAGGUGAUGAAGAUGCUGAUGGUGAUGGUGAAGGAAAAGAUGGUGAUGCUGAUGCUAGUGGACUUGUUACACCUGGUGCUGAAGGAUUAAUUACACCAAGUGGUAUAACAUCAAUGCCAGCUGGUCUUGAAACACCUGAUUCAAUUGAAUUAAGAAAGAAAAAAGCUAUUGAAACUGAAAUGGAAAAUGAUGAUACACCAGAAUUAUAUACUGUUUUACAAGAACGUAGAACCGAGGGACUUGGUGCUUCAAUGAUGGGAAGUACACAUGUUUAUGAUAUGACUGGUGCUGCUGGUGGACAAGCACCACCAUCAGUUGUUGCUGCACGACGUGGAGCAACUGGUGAAGCUAGAAGUGACAGAGAUGGUGCAGUUGAAGUUGCACUUGAUCCAAGUGAACUUGACAUGGACUCUGAUGCAAUGGCAUCACGUUAUGAAGAGACCAUGAGAUCAAGACAAGCUCAUUUACGUCAUGAAGAUUGCUCAGAUAUGUUGGAGGAUCAUGUACAACGACAAAAGAGCAAAAGAAAACGUCAACAAGGACAAGAAGCAAAAUCAUCUAAAAAAUACAAAGAAUUUAAAUUUUAAAUCCAAUUUCAAAGAUAUUAAAUUCUUUUUUUUCAAUUAUAUAUUAUAAUUAACAUGUUGGAAUUAUCGUGUUACACGAUUAAAACCUGAGAAACUAGAAUAAAAAAAAAAAAAACAAAAAAAAAAGAGAAAGAAA